UACUACUCCCUAUUUCUUUGCUGCUUGUGCUGCAUUUUCACAAAGAAAAAGCCAAAACUUCCAAGUUAUUCUAUCCUCAACCAUACCAUCCCCCAAGUCCAACCAUGAAAAGAAUGGAUCUUUUCUGUGCAUCACCGGCCUCCACAGCCAUAUGCUCCAGCAUGGAACAACGUUCCAUGGUCCGCCGUGGUCCAAGACCCUAUAAUCGCCACAAUCCACACCUCCAUGAUCGACCAAAAAGCCUACCUCAUGUGCCAUGUUCAUCUCAGUUACCCUUUAAUCCUAAGCCUUACUAUGAAAAGCAUAAGAGGCCCAGUUCCGUUAAACAAAGUGACUACUUACGUAGAAAAAGCUCUGCUAACACAAAUGAUCCGAGUAAUAAUAGUCCUCCUGGUUCCUCUAGAUUUCUCUUAAGUGACAGUGACACACACUUUAUCAACUGGUUGUCAGAGUCUGAGCCUGUCUCUGCAUUGGUUCCUGCUGAGUCGCCAAAGCUUAAGCGCCUCAGCUCAAAUCACCCUCCUGCCUUGAAAUCCUCUUCCUCAGCUCGCUCCCUUGAUCAGGUCGUGGUUUUGAGGGUAUCACUGCAUUGCAAGGGCUGUGAAGGAAAAGUGAGAAAACAUAUUUCAAAAAUGGAAGGAGUAACAUCUUUUAGUAUUGAUUUGGAGACAAAGAAAGUGACAGUCAUUGGGGACGUGACACCUUUAGGUGUACUCGCAAGUGUUUCCAAAGUGAAAAAUGCACAACUUUGGCCGUCUCCUAUAUCAUCAUCUCCAUCACCAUCUUCCCAAUGGUCAGCAUAAGAAAUUAACUGCAAAUAAUAUUAGAGUUUAAUGUACAAGUUUCGAUGGUGUGUGUUACUGUGUCUGUAUGUGGUUAGAUGCUUAAUCAACGUAUCAUGUUUCAAUAUGUACCUGUAAUGUAAAUGUCAAAACUCUUUCUUCUAUGGGAUUGGAAUCGUAAUCUUUCUUGUUUAAAAAGAAAGUUAAAGUUAAAGAGGUGGUUUGGUAA